AUGGACGGCGACAUCCUCAUGUCCUACCAGGGCAAGGGGGAGCAGGCCUUGCGAGAACCGACCGCGUUCGCCCUCAGUCGGUGCAGGAGCAAGCUGUUGGUGGCGGAUAGGUUCGGAGGAUCAGGGAUGAUCGCUCAGGAACGAGUCGUGAUGUUUCGAGUCAAGACCGGCAGCAUGCUGAAGACAAUCAGACUGCCAGGGAACGCUUCUGCGGAGAGAGGAUUCAUCUGCUCUGCAUGCUCGCGCAAGAUCCUCGUGCUGGACCAUGCCUGCCGUACGCUGCUUGUGAUCUCAGUGGAAGACGCUCGACUUCUCGCUCGAGUCAGACUAGACGGUCUGGGGCUUGCACAGACUGACGUCGUGUCGCUUGUUGCGUCUGAUACGGGAGAGAUGUUCCUCGCUCACUGGGACUCCAACGCCACCAGCAAGAUAUUCAAGAUCGCCUGCUCGUCAGGCACCGACGAGCUAUGGACUCUAGAGUUGCCUCCCGUCUGGACCGUCAGCGUUGCGUCGCAUUUGCGAGGUCAGCGGCUGAUGGCGAGGCCAUCCAUGUUUGUCGGAAGGCUUGCUUCAGCUUUCGUGUGGUGGCUCUCAGAAGAUGGCAAGAUGACCUGCUGUCAAAGAGGAGGAAGCAAGAGCGAAGCCUCUCUUCCAGUCGAGAUCGCUCAAGCUCUCUGCACUAGGAAACCAACAGGCUGUCGCCUCCACUCGGUCGCCCUGGACGAGAAGAAUGCAUGGUGCGCGAUGACUUCCAGCCAUGACGACGUGGUUGUUGUUUGGCGGGUAGUGCUUGGAUCCAAUAUGCCAUGGUCACUAGCUCGGGUCUUGUGCAUCGGUGUGUACAAGAGCGAUGCGAGCUGUCCGUUGAGCAAGCUCCCUCAUGAAAGACAGUUUGUCUGCCCCCUGCUGGAGAAGAUCAUUCGGAUGUACCAACAGCUUUGA